CAUGUUGGACUGCCUUACACACCUUGGUAAGUCUGAAAACCCACAUAAUAUUGAUCCGAGCCUCGAAAAGCGGCGCGGGACGGGGUCCAGGAAGGGCGUGGAUCGACUCGGACCCGAGGAUGGGGCAACUCGCAUACCGAGAGGGUUUGGCACAGUUUUCUCGAGUGACGCAGUCGUGAUCUUCGACAGAUCCUUUCACACCGAGUGCGAUCCUACCUCUUCCUACAAACAUACCUUCGUCCUUGCCGUCGAACUCGCCCACCGACGACGACAGUCCCUCUGAGCUGAGCCGGUCGAUUCAAUGUUGCAACCGCAGGGAGACGCUGCCACGGAACUAUCAACCAGCUAUAUGCGCCCACGCACACGGUCUCAGACCAAGGCGGCAAGGUCGAGACCAACCUCGAAACGCAAAGGCUCAGGCGACGACAAUCUGAAACUGCCCAGACCGACCAAGCUUCCUCGGACCGACUCCUCUGAAGACGUCUCUGACUAUUGUCGGGAUACUCCCUCGGACUAUGCCUGUAACUCGUCCUCGGAGGUGCCCCGCUCGAUGCUGGUCAGCUUCCGCGUUGCACCUUCGCCAUUCCAAAUGUACGACGGAGCGAGCAGGACGUCGUCCGUGACCGAUGCAACAUAUCUCGACACGCAACGAUUUGUAGCGUCUGGUCCGGAGCCUAUGUUCGAGUACUCGUGGCGCGUCAUGUUCAAGAAAGCGUACACACCCACAGAGGAGACAGGAUCACCGGUGAUCACACCCCAGUCGACUGUAUGCGCCGUGGCCUGUUUGUCGGGUGCCAACUCUCCUUCGACAUCGCUCUCAGUUCCACCGCCUUCGAGGCGCACCAACAAGCGUGCGGACGAGAACGUGCCACCUGUUUCUCUUACACCCCUCAGCCAGUUGGUUGACAUUUCCGGACGGUCAACUCCCAGGAACGCAGCGAAGGCAGACCCAUUCCCUUUGCAUCCUUUGGCGAACACCCAAUCUGGCCUUCCGCUCGCCAUCAAACGACACAGCCCUUCCUUGGGGUUUCAGCACGUUGUAGGCUCAACGUGGAGCGAAGAAUAUCUAACGAACUCCACCGCGCGUUUAUCCGCUUCGCGCAUACCCCGCGCUUUCAGCGACCUCCCUUACGGGUCGUUUCCUCCCACAGGUUUUCACCCUAUUCCCGAAAGCCUUGCUACGUCUUCACCUCCAUCCACUGAACAAUCAACCGCGAGUGUCUCGAUGCCGUGGUGCACGCUCUUCGACAACUUGAAGCAGGGAAAGGGCGAUUCCGAACAAGGGAAGAAGAGACGACGGACGACGGCAGUCGUCCACGAGUCUACGGAGGACCUUCCUUGUGCUCAAAGUUCUGCCAUAGACGUUAACAAUGACGAAGACGAGGAGAUGGUGCAUCCGUGUCCUCUGUGUCCGCGGAACUUCUCCCUGCCUAACAGCCUCGCUAUCCAUCUUAAGUGGCAUUGGGGUGCGAGUACACUCGAGUGGAAGAGAGGUAUCAUGAAGAACGGCAAAGGGCUCGAGAAGGCUUUGUCCGAGGCUGAAGAACGCCGCCGCCAUGCAUCUACCGCUCAAGCCGGGCAGCAGGAAAUCGACAACUCAGCGCCCCCAUCGCCUCUAUCUCCGUCGCUGCCCACUUGUGCAAGUCCGGACGAUCGCACAACGCGGCCACCUGUCAUCAAAGAGGACGAGAGCCAGGACACAUCCAUACUUGACUCCACGUACCCGUUCGCGAUGCCGGUCUUCUCACAGUCGUCGUUCAAUAUCUUCGACCUACCCUUCUGUGCUUCGUCCGACGCGUCGAUGUUCGAGUUCGACGACAGCACUGGAGUGCUACCCCCUGAUAUGAUGGGAUCGUUUCUGUUCCCGGAGCUUGCGCUAUUGCCCGGAGAAGGCGCUCCUUCGACACUCAACGCGGCCGACGCAUCAACGGCACCUCUAUGCGAGUUCGGUGGCGAGAUGAUGAAUCUGACCCUUGAGCACGAGUACGGGUCUGCGGUCGACACUCCCAUUGCAGCAGAAGACGUGGAGUCGGGAAGCUCAUCGCUAUGGUCUCCCGAUUUGUUCGGAUGCGACGAGGACGUGGACGAGGAUCGCGACGCUGAAGGAGAGGAGGAUCUGGAGGACCUUUUUGGUGCCCAGGAAGGAUUCGAGGCAUACGUUGGCACAGAACGUCUUGGAAAUCAAGGCGCCGAUUACGAGAUAGCACCUGCUACGACGCACGAAGGGGCUGACCAUGUACGUAGUACGCUUCGCAUUUCUGACCAGCGUAUCGUCGCCUCCAGCCAGGACGUCCUAACAGACAACUGCACUCGCCGGGACCGGAGCACUCGUGCAUCGCUGGAGGACGGUGGACGCCCUGUUGCCGUUCAUGCCCCUCGUCUUACCCCCUUGGACCUUCCUCCUCCACAGCUCGGCGACCAUAACGACGACAGCGGCAGCGCCGAGCACAUCAACGACGAAGAACGUGAACUUUUAGCCGCUCUCGCACCCCUGUCCGACCUGAUCGCUCUCCCGUCGCCGCCCAGUGAGCUGGAUGUACUGGACCAACUCUCUCUGUCGUAA